GAAACUACUUUUCAGCCGACUCCAUUUUGCAAGACAGGUUUGCACAAAUGCUUUGCUGUGAUCACAAUUGGUAUUAAAUAGCAGGUGAAAGGUGUAAACAUGUUUUAAUUUAAGUGCCAGAUUGUUUUCUGAUGUCAGUCGUAAGGCUUUUGCAGACAGAAAAUAUAACAGCACUGUCUGUAAAAUGAGUGUCUAUGAGGAGGGGUGUGAUGUUCACACCUGUGAAGUUGAACCCAGUUGUAUAUCUAUGAAGAGUCAUGCAUCUAUGGACAAUCCCCCUAAACUCAGCGAUGAAACCAUGACCUCUGAGUCUGACCCUAACAUUGCCUGUAAAAUAAGUCACUAUAAGGAGAUAGAGGAGGAGUGUGAUGUUCACACCAGUGAAACGGUACUCAGUUGUGUGUCUAUGAAGAGUAACGCGUCUAUGGACAAUCCCCCUAAACUCCAUGAUAGAGCUGUGACCUCUGACCCUGUCAGACAACAGGACACAGAGACACACAGACUACUGGACGAGACUACAAACCUACAUGGAGUCAAAGAUCAACACAAAACCAUCAUGAAGAACAAGUAUGAGAGUUUAUUUGAGGGAAUCAAACAACAAGAGAAUCAAACCCUCUUAAACAGGAUUUACACACAACUUUACAUCAUAAAUGGAGAGAGAGAAGGUGUGAAUGAAGAACAUGAGGUGUUACACAUGGAGAAAAAACCCAGAACACAACACUCACAAGACACAACAGUCUACUGCAAUGACAUCUUUAAACCCUUACCUGAACCAGGAUAUGAGGAGAAGAUGAACAAAAUCAAGAGCGUUCUUACUAAAGGCAUCGCUGGAAUCGGUAAAACCGUCUCUGUGCAGAAGUUCAUUCUGGAUUGGGCCGAGGGAACGGACAAUCAGGAUGUAGAUUUCAUGUUCGUGCUUCCAUUUCGAGAACUGAACUUGAUUCAAGAUGAUCAGUACAGUCUUCACAAACUUCUGCUUGACUUUCAUCCUGAACUUCAAGAUCUGGACUCAAAGAUUUAUGAUGAGUGUAAAGUUGUGUUCAUCUUUGAUGGUCUGGAUGAAAGCAGAAUAUCAAUGAAGUUUAAAGACAGUGAGAAAGUUUCUGAAGCGACUCAGACUUCAUCAGUUGGUGUGUUGAUAUCAAACCUCAUCAAAGGAGAUCUGCUUCCCUCUGCUCACAUCUGGAUCACCUCCAGACCAGCAGCGGCCAAUCAGAUCCGUUCUGAAUACAUCAACCGUGUUACAGAAAUCCAGGGAUUCAAUGAUCCUCAAAAGGAGGAAUAUUUCAGGAAGAGAAUCGGUGAUGAAGAUCAAGCCAGCAGAAUCAUCUCACACAUUAAAAGAUCAAGAAGUCUCCACAUCAUGUGUCACAUACCACUUUUCUGCUGGAUCUCAUCCACUGUGCUUCAAAAGAUCCUGACACAAGAUCAAACAGCAGAAAUCCCUCAAACCCUGACUGAAAUGUACAUUCACUUCCUGCUGAUUCAGAUCAAUAUGAAGAAUGAGAAGUAUGAUGAGCGAGAUCCAGAGAAACUCCUGCAGUCCAACAGAGAAGUGAUUGUCAAACUGUCUGAACUGGCUUUCAUACAGCUGAUGAAGGGUAAUGUGAUGUUUUAUGAGGAGGACCUGAGAGAUUGUGGGAUAGACAUCACUGAUGCCUCUGUGUAUUCUGGGAUCUGUACUGAGAUCUUUAAAGAGGAAUCUGUGAUAAAUCAGAGGAAAGUCUAUAGCUUCAUACAUCUCAGCUUUCAGGAGUUUCUCGCUGCGUUCUUUAAGUUUCAUUCAUGUGUAGUAGAGAACAUUGAAUCUGAUGUGAAUAAUGCGCUGUAUGGACUAUUACAAACAGUAACUGAUAGAUCCUCAAAGACAAAAAAUGGACGUCUGGAUCUUUUCCUUCGAUUCCUGCUGGGCAUCUCGCUGGAGUCCAAUCAGAGACUCUUACAGGAUCUAGUAACACACACCGUGGACACCACAGAAACCAUCAAGAAAACCAGCGAGUAUAUUAAAGAAAAAAUCAAAUAUCAAGAACCCAUAAGCUCCAGUGAUGAGUUCGAAGAUGAUGAACUCUCAACUAAUCAACAUUAUCUCUCAAAUGAUAGAUCCAUCAAUCUGUUCCUCUGUCUGUUGGAAAUGAACGAUCAGACUCUGUACAGAGAGAUUCAGGAGUUUGUGAAAACAAAGAGAUAUUCAAAGGAUAAACUCUCUGCUGCUCAAUGUUCAGCUAUAGCCUACAUGCUUCAGAUGUCAGAGGAGGUGCUGGAUGAGUUUGAUAUCAGUCAAUUCAACACAACAUAUGAUGGUGCCGUGAGACUCGUACCAGCUGUGAUGAACUGCAGAAAAGCUCUAAUUGUUGAUUGUAGUUUAAAUACAGAUGAAUGUAAAAGUUUGGCUUCAGCUGUUCAAUCAUCAAACUCUCUAAUAGAGCUGAAAAUAAGGAACAUUCAUCAACAGGAUUUAGGAGUAGAGUUGAUGUCUGGACUGAAGAGUUCACACUGCCAACUGAACAUACUGAGACUUGUUAACUGUAAUCUCACUGAUAAGUGUUGUGAAGGUUUGGCUUCAGUUCUUCAAUCAUCAAACUCUUUGAGAGAUCUGGACCUGAGUUACAAUGAACUACAGGAUUCAGGAAUAAAGUUGAUCUCUGAUGGAUUGAAAGGUUCAAACUGUCAACUUAACAUACUGAGAUUAUCGGGCUGUAGGGUGACAGAUGAGGGUUGUUGUCAUCUGGCUUCAGUCCUAAGUUCAAAACUCUUACACCUCAGAGAUCUGGACCUGAGUUACAAUAACUUUCAGGAUUCAGGAGCGAAGUUGAUCUUUGAUGGACUAAAGAGUUCACGCUGUCACCUGGAGAUACUGAAACUUGUUGGCUGUAAUCUCACUGAUGGAUGUUGUGAAAGUUUGGCUUCAGUUCUUCAAUCAUCAAACUCUCUGAGAGAUCUGGACCUGAGUUACAAUGACCUACAGGAUUCAGGAGUAAAGUUGAUCUCUGAUGGACUGAAGAGUUCAAACUGUCAACUCAGCAUACUGAAAUUAUCAGGUUGUAUGGUGACAGGUGAAGGUUGUUGUUAUCUGGCUUCAGCUCUGAGUUCAAACCCAUCACAUCUGAGAGAGUUGGACCUGAGCUACAAUCACCCUGGACCUUCAGGAGUUCAGAUGCUCACUGAUAAACUCAAUGAUACAAACUAUACACUACACAAACUCAAUGUUAAUCAUGGAGGACAGUUCAGAAUUAUAUCAGGACCACAAAAAUAUGUCUGUGAUCUCACAUUUGACCCAAACACCGCAAACAAUCAUCUGAUACUGUCUAAGGAGAACAGAGUGGUUACAUAUGUAAAAGAUGAGCAGUCACACUUCAAUUAUCUAGAGAGAUAUGAUGGCCCUCCUCAGGUUUUAUGUAAAGAGAGUCUGACUGGCCGCUGUUAUUGGGAAGUUAAAUUCAGUGGAGAUGUUAUUAUAUAUGUGUCAUGUAAAGUGAGUGAGGAGGACAGGUCAUUUAGACACAAUACACAAUACUGCAGUCUGGAGUUGUAUGAAAAGGCUAUGACUUUCACACACAGUACAAGAAACUGCGCAGAAAUGGCAUUUUUAGAUUUUCCGGACUCUGACAGAGUAGCAGUAUAUCUGGACUGGUCAGCCGGUAUUUUGUCCUUCUACAGCGUCUCUAAUACACAAACACUCACACACUUACACACAACAUACACUACAUUCACUGAACCUCUCUAUGCUGGAUUUAGUGUAAUGGUUACCAACCAAGAUGCUUAUUGUGAGAUUAAUCCGCCUCCUGUGAGACACAACUGAAUGAUGGACCUAAACUCUGUAAGAUGGAGUUGGAAAGUGUUUCUUAUGUUUGUUUUAAAGCUGUGUGUUAAUCUAAUGUUAAUCUUGCUUAUAUAUAGAGUAGUAUUUCAUCAUUCAUAUGUCCAAAGAGUCUUUCAUUUAGUCAGAUUUAUAAAAGAAAAAACAGCCUUUCCGAUUUUUGGCGUAAAAGGUCGAACACUUGAUGGCGUGCAGUACGCGCAGCUUCGGAUACUAGUUUUGGAUUUACAGCCGACAUAGAUGGAAAUCAAACAAAAAAUUUUUUUUUUUUUAAAUAACCAGCCUUAUAUUAUAAAUAUGAUCCAGAAUCGUAUACUUAGUCAGUAAUGGACGAACAGGAACAAUAGCAGCAACGAUUACAGCAGGACGUCUCUAUCAGAUAAUUAAUCCUUGCUUGUUUAUCUGCUAUUUUAAUAAAAAAGCAACAUAAUCCA